CUCUUGUGUAAACAGGAAGAGGAAGUAACAAAGAAAAAACUGUAACUAGGACAUCGGAUCUGAAGAGGUUUAUAAAAAUAAUUUGCUUAUUUCAAACCAAACAAAGUAUGUUUCAAGCACCAGAGUACAUCGAGCCAGUGUCAGUAAUGCUGUCAGAUGUUCUUUCUGAUAUAGGAGUAAAUGAGAGGAUUGUACUUAAGAGAAGAAGAGCAGUUUUACUGGCUGAAUCUAUGGAAACAAGAUCAUUACAACUACUGGAUCAAAAUAGUACACCAUACUUCUUCGGCAGUCAGUCAGAGGGCACAACAACACUGAAUCUUAAUUCAGACAUAGACCAGCUACUUUGUUUCAAUGAUUCUAAAGUGAUACAAGAUAGGAGUGACUGGAAACCUGAUGUAGAAAAUUAUCUGAUGAUCCAGGAUGAUACUGUAUCACCUGGCUAUUGUCAUCUGCAACUUCUGAGAAAUAAUACUCAACUUCCAUAUCAUACUUUACCCAAUAAACAUUUCACUGAAAGAAAAGGAAUAUUGUUAAAGAAUACAAUCAUGCCUGCAUUAACUGAUAAUUUCCAAGAGGGAGGAAGAAGACACGGUCCAGCACAUUCAAUACAAACACCACCUUGGAUGAGUGAUGUAGACAUUGUUCAUGCUUUGCAUUGUAAAUCCUGGCCUCUACAAGCACGGCAGUGGUUAGACUGGCAAGGUGUAGGUCAGUGGCCUUCAGCUGACAUGAGAAGAUACUGUGGUAAUACUGGAUGUUUCCUUGUUGCUGUUGGAAGCAAGGGCAGUGAACAUGAGGAACUUGAAUGGAGAAUAUCAACAUCCUUAGCAGAACGAUGCUUGAUGUUCAGCCUCAAUAUAACACAGAUUCGAUGUUACGUCUUGAUGAAGAUAAUAUUGAAAACCUUUAUGGAGCCAUACUUUGAAGACACCAUUUCAAGUUUCAUGUGUAAAACAGUUAUGUUUCAUUGUAUUGCAAAUACACAUACUGUCAUCUGGAGAGAAAACAACAUACUUGGGUGCCUAUCAUUGUGUUUAUUUGUCUUACACAACUGUAUUUUGAAUGAAAAUUGUCCACACUUUAUCAUACGUGGAAACAAUUUGAUGAGAGGAAAUAUACCACACAUAUAUAAACCUUACAUUCUGCAAAAACUACACGAUAUUGUAACUGAUAAAUGUAUAGCAUUAUUUGGGAUUGAGUGUGACAGUCUUGGUUUAAGGCUUCAGCGAAAAAUGAAUAAUUUAAGCUCAUUCAAAACUGGUGAUAUUGUUUCAGCACAUAUAUUAAAGAUACUUGCACUCAACACUUACGAUGUCAUGAGGCCUUGUCUAAAUUCUAUCAGCAACCUUAGUAACGAAGAAGCUGUACAAACAUUGCUGAAGUAUUAUUUCAAAUUAGUUCAUGUCUGUGACCAAUGUGAAGAAGUGGACAAAACAGCAUGCCAUAUUCUUGCAUCAAUGUUAGGUACAUCCCUUGGAACUGCCCUAGCAUCCCAAAGUAUUCAUUUGUACAAUGCAGUAUCAGCAGAAGCUCUCACCUGGAUCUCCCGUGGUUUGAAUAGAGAUGUUUCAUCUAGUAAACUGAAGCUAGCAUCAAUCUACUACUGUACAGGGGAUACUCGGAAAACGGAAAUUACUCUUAGGAAAAUUGAAAGAGGUUAUGACAUAAACACUGUUGAGCCUAUUUGUCAAUGCCAUCUUUAUAUCUUACACGCUCUAAAAAAAGGAUUUUUUGAAAUAUCCAAUGAUCAUAACGAAGAAGCUAUGCAGCACAUUACAGCAUUCUGUGUUACAUUUCUGCCAUAUGAAAUAAAAUGUGUUCCACAUGAACUACAGUAUGAAAUGUCUAGAUCUACGAAAGACGAUCUAAAAUUCAGACCUCCAGACGACUACUGGAUAAAAUGGGCAGUGGUUGAUUCUCUUCCUUACCUCUACUUUCUACAAUACAAGACCUACAAAAGUCUUGGAAGACAAGAUGAAAAGAAAAGAGCAUUGUCCAAUCUUCUCAGGACAAUUGACCGAGAACCAAAUCUUGGACACAGGGAAACUGCCUUAAAUUUACUCGGACAAUGCAUGGAACAAGAGAACAGGGCUACAGAUGCUUUUUGCUGCUAUUUAAUAUCUCUGAAUCUAAGGAAGAGAUACAAUGUUGCAAGGAUCCAUAUCUGCAGACUUUUAUCAAGUUUGCUAACUAACAAGUAGAGAGCAAGAAAAGCAGACUGGUUGGCAUAAAACACUAGAAACUAAUUUGUAUUCUACUCAUCUGUAUAAACAUUCCACAGUUCUGUACAUCAAAACAAAUUUCACCUUUCAUGUGACACCACAUAUAUUUAGAAACAUGACUUGCUUUUUAAGGGACCCAGAAAGAGGUUCAUGAAGUUUGUCUUUUUUCAUCUUGACAGUAGAUAAAAUCAGCAAAUGAUUUUUUCAUCGCAAAAAUUGAAAACAUUGGAAAAUAUUACUGGUCUUGCACUGCUUUAAAAAGAUGUGCUGUAUUAGCAAGUGUAAUAGUUUUACAAAAUGUGUUGAUUACAGCAUGCAACGUAAUACAAAUCAUGCGCACCAGUAAAUUUCAGAUGUAACUGUAAAUACAGUCGACUCUCAUUGGCUCCAACCCAGAUUGCUCGAACUCAUCGUCUAGUCCCGAUCUUAUUUCUUAUAUACUGUACAUUGUUAGACUCCGGUUGGCUAGAACACCGAUAACUGAAACUCUCUAACUCCCUGUCUGGUCCCUUGAGGUUAAUUAUAAUGUUAAUCACACCUGAUAGGUUGAACAGACAAAUGUCUGCAACUAAUCUUUUCACGAUGCAAACAAUUUGCACCUCUAUUAUUGUCUUAUAGCUUUAAUCUGUAAUCGGUGCAUAUAUAGUUUUAGCACGUUUUGAAAUUAAUACCUGUAUUGGCCAAACAAUUUUAAUUAGAAGAUUUUUGUUCAUUUUAAUGUUUUAAUUCAUGAAUUCUAUGUGUCAAACAAAAUCUAAACAAUGAAUGUCUUUAUUUCACUUUAAAUAGGGUUGAUCGCUUUCAAAAGUUGAAAUAUGCAAGUGGAACAACUUUGUGCAGGACACGGUAACAGGUAUGUGUGUGU